UCGUAUCCCUCUCCCCUUUUAUUAUCUUUUCGUUUCGGAAAAUCACACGAACCUUACCGCCUCUGACCUGCCCCAACCCCCCGCCUCUACCACCGUCUCCGAUUGCCGUAUCUCCUUCCGAUAUGAAGAGGAAGCGUGGGCACAAGAUCAAGAAAGGAAAGCCUAAAGCAGCUCCUUCUGUGCCGCCGUCACUGGCUGUUGUCAGUUUGGAUGAUUCGGCAGCCGGUGGUGACGAUUCCGGUAUGGAAGUUGAUACUCCUGAGGAGGAUCAGCUGCAGGAGGACCAGCAUUACAAUCUUGCCAAUAUUAGUCCUGAUGGCUCUGUCGGCAAGGGGCCUGAGAAAUCAGCGGGGAGAGUUAAAGUGAAGCUUAUGACGACUCCAAAAGCAAAGGAGUCUCAGGCUAUUGCUUCCUCGCAGAGUGAUACGGAGAAGAGUACUCUGCAAAUGCAAGACAGAAUGGAGGAUAGUGGAACUUCGUCUGGCAAUGUGGCUAAGAAAGCCGGGAGUAUAAAGAUUAAAUCUUCUAUGUCGUUAGGGUCGAGUCCUGUACCCGCAAAGAGUGGGAGUCCUCCUGAAAAAGAACUACACAAGCCUCAUUCUGAAUCUCGAUAUAUUAAGCAGGACCUAGAUACUGCACUUACGAUUAUCAAGAAGGUAAUGAAAAUGGAUGCUGCUGAACCUUUUAAUGUCCCUGUCAAUCCUGAAGCUUUGGGAAUACCUGAUUAUUUUGAUGUGAUAGAUACACCAAUGGACUUUGGAACAAUAUGCAGCAACCUUGAACUGGGUGUUAAAUAUAGGAAUUCUGAGGAUGUAUACAAAGAUGUGCAGUAUAUUUGGGACAACUGUUGUAAGUAUAACAGUAAGGGCGACUACAUUUUGGAUCUUAUGAGGCGGGUAAAGAAGAACUUUUCAAAGUAUUGGAUGUCCGCUGGUUUAUAUAGUGGACAGUCUGCAGGAACUAGUGGUGUUGAGAGCAGUCAAGAGAAUAUCUCCUCGUCUGAUCAGAGGAAAGUGCAUAUAGGUGGCCAAGUAAAACAGAAGACACGAAAGAGUCACGGAAGGCGUCACAAAUCUGACUGCUUAUGUGCUAUAUGUGUUCUAAAACGCCGUAGAAGGGAGCGUGAGGAGAAUGCUCAGAUUGCUAAGAAUCCACUUGGGGCUAGUGAUAUUAAUCUUUCGCAGGAGUUCAGACAAGAGGAAUCUUCACAUGCGGGGAGUCCUGGUGAAAAUUCAUCUUCAGAUAUGGAUGGAUCAUUGGACCCAAAUGCAGAUGCUAAGGUGGAAGAAACAGAAGUGGUGAAAAUGGGGGUAUCGGAGCAGAGGCAGAAGCAGGAUGAGGAGGAGGAUGACGAUGACGAGGAUGAGGAAGAGAGUGGGACAGAGAUGAAGGAUGAAGGUAAUGGUGAGGGACUACAGGAGAUUGACAAAUCAAGAGAGGAGCCCAAUGAACAAUUGCAACCAAUGAUAUCUGAAAACCUUGAUGCUGGGAUGCAAACGGACACACAAAUGAAUACUCCAGCGCAGCAUGAGGAAGGAAUUGAAGCAGAUAGUCAAGAGAAGGAAGCACAACAAAUACGUAAGAAAGUAAAAGCAUCUGAAAACUUGCAAUUUGAAAAUCCCAUGCUUGUGGAUCUAUGUGGUAUUCUCUUCCCCAAGAAUAGCAAGUCUAUUUGGACUGGACCUCAUUCGCUUGUCCAGCAUCGCACUUCUCAUACUAGUUCCAGUUUGAUUCAUGCUGCGAUUAGCGUGCUUAUGAAAUAGGUGGUAAGAGAUGGUUUUUUUUUUCUUUUGUAUUUUCAAAGAUAGGAUAAUUUGUAGAUUUAUGUUGAUGGAGUCGAGGAUAUGCUUAAAUUUUAGUAAAUGAUAUUUUUUUGGGUGAAAAGUUAAUGAAUCUUGCUAUGACUGAUCUAAUGUUGAGUUAUGUUGGA